AUGCAGCCCCUGUUUGAUCUUUGUGCUCCGGAAAAGGAUCAAUACCGGCUGAAGAGCUACACCGGCAGUGUCGGGAGGGAGCUGUUCUCAAGACAUAUCUGGAUUUCAGAUCUUGGUUUAGCUGUGGAGAUCCCAGAAGGGCAGACGGUUCGAGGAAGAAUUGGAACAGUUGGCUACAUGGCUCCUGAAGUUAUCAAUAAUGAAAACUGUCCAUUUAGUCUUGAUUGGUGGGGACUUGGCUGUCUUACAUAUGAAAUGAUUCAGGGACAUUCUCCAUUCAGAAAAUUCAAAGAGAAAGUCAGACGGGAGGAGGUAGAGCGAAGAGUCAAGGAGGAUACUGAGGAGUAUUCCAAGAAGUUUUCAGAGGACAUCAAAUCUAUUUGCAGAACCUUACUCACCAAGAACCCAAGUGAACGGCUGGGCUGGGAGGGCGAUGGAGCAGCCGGAGUGAAGCAGCACCCUGUGUUCAAGGGCGUCAACUUCAGGAGGCUGGAAGCAAACAUGCCGAACCCUCCUUUCUGUCCUGAUCCUCAUACAGUUUACUGCAAGGAUGUCUGGAAUACUGAGCAGUUCUUGGUGAGAGGAGUCUACCUGGACACCACAGAUGACAACUUCUAUGCUCAAUUUGUUACGGGGUGUGUCCCCAUCCCCUGGCAGAAUGAGAUGAUCAAAUCUGGAUGUUUCAAGGACAUCAAUGAAAGUGGAAAUGAGGAAAAUUUGCUGUUAGAUCUAGAAGAGAAAAUAUGUCCCUCCAUUUCCAAACCAAAGAGAGGCUUCUGUAGACUCUUCAGAAUCGGGACCUCGGCACCAGGAAGGAACCCGCCCGCAGUGUCUCAUCCUGUCUAUGAAUUGUAA